AUGUUUCUCUUCAAAAGUUUUGAAACCAUACUUUCAAAGCAAGGAAUUGAUGAGAAAGUGUUGAUAGAUGUGAUUGGUCGUAUUGUGGAGAUAUAUUCACCACUGGAGAAGACAAUAACUGGGAAAAAGAGUAGGCUUAUUGACUUUGUGCUAGAAGACUCUUUGAAACAAAUUAAGUGUACACUGUGGGACGAGCAUGUGGAUCAAGUAACUCCUUACUUCCACUCAGCUGCUAAUGAUCCAGUCAUUGUUUUGAUUCAGUUGUGCCGACCUAAAAUCAUGGACAAUGGUGAAGUAUGUAUCUGCAACUCCUUUGGGGCUACUCAGCUUUUUUUCUCACACUCUUGCAAAGAGUUUCGUGAGUUAAGGAGCAGUAGCUAUAACAGUGACCAUACACCUUUACGGUGUAUAGAUUCUGAAUCAAGGCUAUCUGAUACUUAUCUUGGGCGUGUUGUGCUUGCUAAUGAUGUGUUAAUUACUUCUAUUCAAGAUAUAUACUUCAAAAAACAACUAGGGGAGUAUUGGGUCGCAGGACAAAUUGUGGAUGUAGAGAGUUUAAGUGACUGGUAUUACAUCUCUUGCAAAAGUAAUUCUUGCAAGAGAAAGGUUGCUGCUGAUGGUGGUAUGAUGUACUGUGGUGGCUGUAAAAGUUCCUGUCAUGAGGGAGUUGUGAGAUAUAGGGUGAUUAUACAUGUGGCUGAUCAAACUGGGGAUGCUCCUAUGCUUAUAUGGGAUCCUGAGUGUGCAGAGUUGGUAGGUGUUUCAGCUGGUAAUUUAAAAGCUAAGUAUCCAGAGGGGAAUAAGUGUAUUCCACCUGAGCUAGGUUAUUUGUGGGACAUGUCUAUGUUGUUUCGUGUUGCUAUGAAGAAGGAGCAGAUAGAGAGUUACUAUUCUGCUUUCACAGUCCUAAAGAUUUGCAGGGAUGAAGCAGUGCUUACACAGCACUGCUCAGGUCUUUCAGUUGCCAGUUUAGAACCAGAAAAUUGUUCUGUUCAUGAAAAUGGUUUUCAGGAUGCGGAUGCAGAUGGUGAUGCAGGUUCAAAGGAAUUCUAUGGUAGUGAUGAUAAAGACUGUGUUGUGGUGGAGGAUGGGUCUCAAGGUUUAUCUAUUGACAAAUUUGUUGGCUUGGAUGAGAUUGAAGAUGGUUUAGGUGUUGGUGCUGAUGAUGUUCCUCUCAAGAGGUCUUUGUUUAAUGACAUUGAGAAUGUUGGUCCAUCGAAGAAGGCUAAGGAAGUGGUGGUGAAGAAAGAAAAGUAG